AUGACGCUCGCCAAACAGGAAGAUAUGGAUGACAGCGCCAUCCAAGGCCACACCCCCUUCAUCCCCAGCCCAGACGACACCCGCACCAAAUGCGUCAUCUGCCUCAAUCGCGUCCGCGAGCCCGCCGAGAUUGACCCCUGCGGCCACAAUCAAUUCCACAUCACCUGCGCCACCCGCUGGCUCAAGCCGCACCCGUACUGUCCCCUGUGCAAGGUCCGCGCCGUCCGCAUCCGCCACGGCGAGCCUCCCGCCCCCGGCGUGCGAGACUCCCGUCCCGUCACUGAGAUGCCUCAGCCCGGCCGGGAGUUUCUCGAGCAGUGGCCGCGCCAGCACGAGACCUCCUACUACCAGGACGAGGAGGAGGAGGAGGAGGACGACUUGAUCUCGAUCGGGUCGCAGACGCCUCUGGAUCUCUGGUUCCGGCACCUCGUCUACCGCCGCAACGCGCGCUGCGUGCACGUCGAGGCCGGUCCGCAGACGGGCUACCGCGACCUGACGCCGGAGCUGUUCCGCGCGGAGCGGGAGCGCAUGGACACGCGCGCGGGGCUGUUCCUGCGCCGCGAGCUGCGCGCGCUGAGCAGCCCGUUCCCGGGCCACUACCUCCUGGGAAGCCGGGAGCGGAUGGCCGCGUGCAUCGUCAGCAAGCUGCAGUACAACUUCUUCUGGGCGCCGUGGGGCAGCCAGCCCGGCAACCUCGUCGAGCCGCCGGACGUUUUGAUCGGCAUCAUGGGGGACGCGGCGUGGCUGCUAAUGUAUGAGCUGUGCGAGUUCCUGCGGAGUCCGUACGGGGAGCCGGAUGACUGGUACCAGAACGUGCGAUACUCUGUGCCGCUGUGUGUGGUGUUUGAGGAGCCGCGGGAAGAGGAGGAGGAGGAGGAGGAGGCGCCUGUUGGCAGCGGCGACGAGAGGAAUAUAGAGGCAGGGAGCUACCGGAAUAGGGAUAAUAUACAGCGCUGGGUAGAUGAGGUGGAAGACGCGAAACACAGGCCCCCGUGCCCGGAAUGGGGACAGAAUCGAUGCCCGAGAACCGGGAGAGUCAAGGACGCUGCGUAUUGGCGAGCGACCAUGCACCCGCCGUGCCCUUAG